GUCACCGCCUUCCUGUUAUUUGUGUAUAGAAAGCACUGGAGCUGAUGUCGCUGGUCCCGAAGCGCUGCAAUGACAUGAUGAACCUCGGCCGCCUGCAGGGAUACGAGGGGAAGUUGACCUCUCAGGGUAAGCUGCUGCAACAGGAGACCUUCUGCGUGUGGGAGCAGGACGGCGGAGUUCUUUCCCGUAGCAAAGAGCGCCGGGUAUUCCUGUUUGAGCAGAUCAUCAUCUUCAGCGAACUCCUGCGCAAAGGAUCCAACAAUCCGGGAUACCAAUUCAAGAACAGCAUCAAGGUGACUUACCUGGCCAUGCAGGAGAGCGUGGAGGGAGACCCCUGUAAGUUUAUGUUGUGGUCUCGCGGCUCAGCGGAGCGCUUCACGCUCCAGGCGUCCUCCACCGGCAUCAAGAGCACCUGGGUGGAGAACAUCGCCGCCCUGCUGGAAGCGCAGAACAACUUCUUGUCUGCUCUCCAGUCUCCCAUCGAGUACCAGAAAAAGGAAGGCGGCAUAUCGGUGACUCGUCCCCUGUCGUCGGGGCGGUCGCCUUCGGCCCCGCCCACACCUAAUGGCCACGCCCCUCAGCCGUUGCCAGACAGCGACCAGGACGUCCAGGUGGGAAUCAAAUCUCAAGUGGGCAAAACUGCACACUUACUUGUUUUUCAUCAAGAUGUUGGUUUAAUAACAGUGUUAUAACUACUGCGCUGAGUA